AUUUACCAUUAGUUUAUAAUUAUUAGUUUUUUCAGUAAUGUUAUUAAAAUACCAUUUUUGUUUUGUGUCUCAUUCUUUUUUGCACUGAAAUGAACAGUUGUAUUUUUGUGGGCCAGUCUGAGAAAUCACCACUACAACCUGAAGUCGGAAAAACGCUUAAAUUGCCCUUGUGAAAGUGAAUUUCCAUCCCAGCUGAAAGCUGAUCUCUAAUCGAGCUCUCAUCAGUCCGAGCAUCAUUUUAUAUCUUGACAAUUGACAUUCCCUGCGUUUUCACUGGUUGAUCUUCGUCUGAACUGUGGAGGACUCACAUCCAUCUCCUUACUUCAUUCUAUUUGGGUCCGACUCCAGUAAAGAACUUCACAAUGUUGUUUUUGUACUGUCUGACCUGGGUAUCAUAUCUGCUUCUUAUAUGUGGAUUCACUUUUGCUUUAUCUGUUGCCUUAUAUUUAUUGGCGGAGUUAAUUGAGGAGAAUACCAAGACUUCCGCUAAAAUCAUCAGGUCCAUGAUUGUGAUUUGCACAUUGUUGUUCUUGCUGCUUGUUCCACUGGAAAACUUUCCCAUAACGCUGGUGGCUGGUGGUUUGUGUGCUCAAGUAUGCCAUUUUAUGCUGAUGCAGACUUUUCCUGCGAUACAGCUGAAAUCCAUCUGGUUUGCCGGAACUCUUGUGUUCUGUGUUGUAAAUCACAUUUUGGCUUUCCGUCACUUCACGGAAAACUACUAUCCCUUCAAUGAAGUGGCAGCUUUUUUCAUUUUGUUCAUGUGGAUUGUUCCCAUGGCCCUAUUGGUAUCGCUCUCAGCCAACGACAUGGUGUUGCCCAAUUACAAUGAAACUGUCCCGCUAGUCAGAAGCAGGGAUAAUCUUUUGCCAUCGCAAUAUGCCAGCCGGCGGAAAGGUGGAUACAGCCUGAAGAAUUUUCUAACUCAUAUAAAAGAAAAUUAUCUGCCUUUGAUUGGAAUCGGCGCUAAAAAGUCUUUCUGACAUGGUUUUGUCUGUCCGAUGCAGCAGUUAAUUGGCCGUGCUUUUUUUAAAGAACUCUAAAAUUAAUGGCGAAUAAUUUGAUAAUGCUGAUUUUUUUACAACAAAGAUGGAUACAGAAUCAGAUAUGCGAGAGAUUUACAGGACUUGUAAACAGAACAGGCCAAGAGUGA